UGGAGGAAGUAAAAAACAGGAUUACCCUUAGCUACAGAUCCACUGCCUUAGUUUCCAUAACCAACUGCAGUGCACAAACACACAGUCAUUAGGCACAGCAAAGAAAGAGAGAAAGGAAAAGGCUCAUUAACAAAACAAACAAACAAGGGUGAUGGAAUUGAUUUACUGCAUGCACUGCUGAGCACUGCACUUUGACUAUGGAAGCAGAGGCUACUGAUGGAUACAUGCCAUGUGACAAUGAACUUUCGCCCGAAAGGGAGCACUCCAAUAUGGCAAUUGACCUCACCUCAAGCACACCUAAUGGGCAGCAUACCUCACCAAGUCACAUGACAAGCACAAAUUCCAUAAAGCUAGAAAUGCAAAGUGAUGAUGAGGAUUCUGACAGGAAGCCCCUGAGGCGGGAAGAUGGGAUCAGGGGUCAUGACGAAGGGAGCAGCUUGGAGGAACCUCUCACUGAGAACCAUGAGAUGGUGGAGAACAGAAAAAUGCAGGAGCUGUCGGGCGAGGGAGGAAUCCGGCUUCCGAAUGGUAAACUGAAAUGUGACGUCUGUGGCAUGGUUUGCAUUGGGCCCAAUGUGCUUAUGGUGCAUAAAAGGAGUCACACUGGUGAGCGUCCCUUUCACUGUAACCAAUGUGGAGCUUCCUUCACACAGAAGGGGAAUCUACUGAGGCACAUCAAAUUACACUCUGGGGAGAAACCAUUCAAAUGUCCCUUCUGUAGUUAUGCUUGCCGGAGGAGGGAUGCCCUUACAGGACACCUCAGGACACAUUCUGUGGGUAAACCUCACAAAUGUAACUACUGUGGACGGAGUUACAAGCAGCGCAGUUCUUUGGAGGAGCACAAGGAACGCUGUCACAACUACCUUCAGAAUGUCAGCAUAGAGGCUGCUGGGCAAGUCAUGGGCCAUCAUGUACCUACUAUGGAAGAUUGUAAGGAACAAGAACCUGUGAUGGACAACAAUGUUACUCUGGUGCCUUUUGAAAGACCUGCUGUUAUAGAGAAGCUGACAAGCAACAUGGGAAAGCGUAAAAGCUCCACCCCACAGAAGUUUGUGGGUGAGAAGCUCAUGAGGUAUGGCUAUCCAGAUAUUCAUUUUGAAACGAACUUACCUUAUGAGAGAGAAGCUGAGCUGAUGCAGACUCAUAUGAUGGACCAAGCGAUCAACAAUGCAAUCUCUUACCUUGGAGCAGAGGCACUUCACCCCCUGAUACCACACACGCCAAGCACAAUGGCUGAUGUGACACCCGUCAUCAAUUCAACGUAUGCUCAGGUCUACAACCCUAACAGGAUAGAAAGGCCAAUGAGCAGAGAAACAGCUGACAGCAAUGAAAAUAACAUGGAUGGCCCUAUUUCCCUCAUCAGACCAAAGAGUCAACUCAAGGAAAGAGAGGCUUCUCCAAGCAAUAGCUGCCUGGAUUCCACUGACUCAGAAAGUAGCCACGAAGACCACCAAUCCUACCAAGGAAACCCUGCCUUAAUUCCCAAACGGAAGCAAAGUCCAGCUUACAUGAAGGAGGAUUCCAAGGCUUUGGAUGUCACAAAAGCAUCUAAGGGCUCUUUAAAGGAUAUCUACAAGGUUUUCAAUGGAGAAGGAGAGCAGAUAAGGGCCUUUAAGUGUGAGCACUGUCGAGUUCUUUUUCUAGACCAUGUCAUGUACACCAUCCACAUGGGGUGUCAUGGCUACCGGGACCCAUUAGAAUGCAACAUUUGUGGCUACCGAAGCCAGGACCGCUAUGAGUUCUCAUCACACAUUGUUCGAGGGGAGCACACAUUUCAUUAGGCCUUCCCUUCCAAAGGGGACUCUGAAGUCGGGGUGGGGGGGGAAUACUGCACAUGAAGAAAUACUGCACUUACAAUCCCACUUUUCCUCAGACAUUGACACACCUUUUGUCGUCGUUGUUUUUGUUGCUUUUUUUUUAAUUAUUGUUCUUGUCAUUAACCUUAUUUUGUGGACCCAACUUCACUUGGCACCAGUGGUGAGACGGGAAGGAAGGGACCAGAGAGUAGUUCUCUUAUUUUUACUGUUGCUUUUGCUCUGAAAAUUGGUGUUGACUUUUUAGUGGGAAUUGAAAGGCAGUCCAUUUCUGUCACACUUUUUUUCCAUGCAUUUUGUAAUAUCCUGGGUACAGCUGAACUCCAAGAGGUGCUCUAACAUCAAGUUGUCAGCUUUUGUUAGCUUAAUAAUUUCAGGCAAUAGGUACAUACAUUUCAGAGGAAAGCCCUUUCAAAUAUGUAGAUACAUUUUGGGGUUCAGAACAGGGGUGAAGAGAGACAAUUCGUUUGAAAAAUUUUCCAGCAUGGGGGAAGGUUUAACAUAGAACUAACCCAUAUUCUAGAAAUUUAGGAGCACAGACGCCUAUCAAUAUUCAUUCAGAAGUUAUUUCCUGAGGUGAGCUCUGUGUUGUUGUUUUUCUGGAAUAUAAAUUAGAUGUUUAUGUGUAAUACUGAACCAUAUAAUAGAAGCUCGAUUUUACAUAUAAUAUGACAACCUGCAGGAGGUUUGAAGUCCAAUAAUGUUAUUUUACUUAUCCUAGUAUGCACUUUUAAAAGAAGAAUCAUUAUCAUCACUGAUAUGCUCUUAUGUCAUAAAUGUUAAUUUACCAGUUUCUUCGUACAAGCACUCCAUUAGCCUUAAUUAGAUGCAAAGAAAGGCAUUUUCAAAUCUAGUUGUUUAAGUGACUAACAAUUAGAUUCAAUGCAUGUUU